AUGGAGGCGACGUCCCGGCCUGAUAGAAACGCCGGAAGGGAUCGUUCCCCUUUUCCUCACGACCCGUUGAGUGGGAUAUUAGGGACCACCUCGGGCUGCAAAUAUAUUAAACGAAAUCUGCUUGGUCAUGGCGGUUUUGGCCGUGCGUGGCAGGUCGAGGAGGCGUCGACGGGGCGAACCUUCGCUGCGAAGGUGAUGGAUCUCACUCAAAUGAGCUCGAAAGAUCUCAGAUUUGUAACGAACGAGGUGAAAUGUCUUUCACGGUGCAAGAAUCCCCACAUUGUGCGCUAUGAGGACUCGGUCGAGAAGGAUGGAAAGCUUUUGAUUGUGAUGGAAUAUGCUGACGGGGGGGAUCUUUACCGGCAAAUCAAAGCACGCCAGCCGUUGGUGCACUACUUUCGCGAGCGCGAGGUUAUUUUCAUCCUCCUACAGUUGUGCAUCGCGCUGGACCAUAUACACACUAACAAAAUGAUGCAUCGCGACCUCAAAACGGCAAAUAUUCUUCUCAACACAUCAGGGCUUGUCAAACUCGGGGAUUUUGGGUUUUCUCGGCAAUACGAGGAUUCCCUUUCCAAGACCAUCGGCUCCACCUUCUGCGGGACACCCUACUACCUCAGCCCUGAGCUCUGGCAUCGCCAAAUGUACAGCAAAAAGAGCGAAAUGUGGUCUCUUGGAGUGGUGUUGUACGAGGUUAUGGCGCUGCGCCGGCCGUUUGGCGGGAACAACAUGGAUGAGCUGAUUAACAACAUCUGCAGUUCCAACCGCCGGCCGCUGCCGAAUUACCUUUCGGACGAUUUGGUCGCCGUAUGCGAUCAGCUUCUUUCGGUCGAUCCGGCGAAACGUCCUUCGCUACGGGCCCUCUUCCAGCUGCCCUUCAUCAUGAAAAAUCUGAAAAUUCUUCAAUACCGCGUCGAGCGGCAUAACCGCAUCUCAAAGCCCAUCCGCGCGGAUGUUUCCAACGGCAUCACCUACAUCCUCCAGUAUAGUACCACUAACGACAACAAUAAUAAUAAAAUCAAUAAAACCGACGAAACGGAGAAAAAAGGCAUCGUCAAGCGCCACAUGGCGAGGUCGGAGUGGCUGGAUUACGAACUCGCGCUCGCCCCCGGGGUGAUUUUGAUGCGGGACCUCAAAUGCGAAAAUGUCAAAAACUCCCCGAUCACCGCGUUCGCGUCGGCCUGCGCGAUCGAUGAGGGAAUCGCAGGCGAGCGUUUUGUCUUUGCGGUGCGAAAGCACUCGGGAAAAGCGUAUUGGUUUAAAGUCGACGAUAAAGAGACCUUCGAGGCGUGGAUGGCCGCACUUCAGGCUGUUAUCCCGUAG